UGAAAAGCUUUUGUCGUCAUGACUACGAAAAUGUUUCAAGUUUCAGAACAAGGUUGAAUUUUUAAUAAACAUUAUCACACACUACAAAUUACAAUGAAUCAAAAUUUGGUGAAUUGACUCUUUUUGUAUACAUAUUGGAAAAAUUCUUCGGACGCACAUUCAUGUUCAUUUGGAGAAACCGCUCUAAAUUCCGAUCGGUCAAUCUCCAUUUGAGAGACUUUCGUUAAUUCAGGAUGUCCAAAUUGUAUUAAUGGAAUCCGUAAGAAUUUAUGAGCUCAAUUGAAUGCAUAAAAUAUCUCAUUUUUCUGAUAUUAUUGAACAAAAGUGACAUAUCAUUAUGGUGAAAGAUCAGCAAUGAAUUAUUCAACUCUAGAGAAACGACAUAAUCGCAAAGAAAGUUCCAAGCAUGAUAAAUUAUCCAGUAGCUUCCACUCCUAUCAUGACGGGUAUUCCAGGAAAAAAUCUAGAGAUUCAAAUCGAGAAAGAGGAAAGGUUAGUGAUGAUGGGGAUAAUAAGACUCGUGAAACUACUCAAAAAGCUUACAAAGCAUCCCAUAAUCCCAAAAAUCAUACAUUGCCUGGAGAUGUUAAAUUGUCUAGAAAUAUAGAAAGAAAUAUAAGAACGAGAAAAUUGAGAAACGAAAAUCCUAGUUUGAAAGUGUCACAACUUCAAAGAUAUGCAAAUCGUAGAGUGUUUGAAGAUCCCAGUGAUUUAGAUAUUAUAACCAUUAAAGGACCUAACAUCACAAUCAAGCCAUGCACGUCCAUAGACAGUAUGAAAAGUAUCAAUCCCACAGUGGGGUGUGGAAUUGGUAGAUGUUUUCCAGUUGCGUUACAAAAGUCAAUGAGACGUGAUAGUGUAAAAGGAAACAAUAGAAAUGGACACAUAGAUAAAUUCAUCAGAGAAAAUUUCUCAAUACUGGAAGUUAAUCAAGAGGAACAACGGAAUGCUUUGUUGAAGAAGAGUGAAGAAACAGAUAAGAGGAAUGCUAGGCCUGAUAAUGAACCAGUCAAGAUAUUGAAAAAAGAGGUUCCACUGAGUAGAAGAGAUAGUCAUGUAAGAUUUAGUAAUGAAAUCACACUAAUGAGCUCUGGAACAGAUUUACAGGAUGUACGUAAAGGCCAUGAUUACAAGAGAGUCAAGGAAGAUGAUAGGAAGAGUUCAAAGAGGAUAACACAUGAUGAAAUGAAUAGGAAAGAAAGAAAGAAAGCUGUGGAACAAAAUUAUCGCCAUAGGAGGAAAAAUAGCACAGAAACUUCAACCGAACCUAGGAAUUUCUCAAUGACUAGAGAACAAUUUGAUGAAGACAGUGGUAAUAAGAAAAUAUGUUAUCAUUUGAAACGUGAAGUAAGUAAUGAGAGUAAUUUUGGGGGACGAAGAAGUAGUAUGGAACGUAGAGAGUCGAAGGAAAAUAUUAAAAAGAAAGUAGGUGUGGAAAAAAGCUCAAGUCAACCACAGAAAGUAUAUUUUCUCCGUAGAAGGAAUAGGCUGAAUGGAGGGAAGCGUUUUGUGGAGUAUAGCAAGAAAACGAGGAACCAAACAUUGAACGAGUGCCAAGUAGAGAAAAAAAUUGAUGCUGAUGAUGUUAAACAACAGGAGCUUCGAACAAGAAUAAUGCAUGAGACAAAAUCAGAAGAAGACAAUGAUGGAACAGAAGCAAAACCUGAUGAAUCAAUCAUAUCAAGAACAAGUGAGAAACGUAAUGGAUUAAAUAGGUACUUCACUUUUGAUUUUUUCCGAGGAAGGAGUGAGAAAGAUUUCAAAAGAGAGAGAAGUGGUUUGAAAAGAAACAGGGAUCCCAAUAGAAUAUUACAAACUAGAGAAGAAAAGAUGAAUGAAAUGUAUACAUCCAGGAAUGAUAAUAAACAAAAACAGCUUAAUCCGCCAAUUAUAAUAAAUUCAAAUAGAGCUCAAAAGAAAAACAACUUAAAAGAAGAUGAAAGUUCAUCAAAAAAUAAUGAUAGAAAGAGAGAGGAGAAAUUGGAAAAUUUCAAAAGCAAUCAUGAUUCAGAACUCCAUAAAUCAUCUAGACAGAGUAUUCAAAUCGUAAAUGACAAGCAGUCGGGAAAAUCGAAAGUACCUUUGAAGUUUCUUAGAAAAAUACUGGGGAGAAGAAAUAUACGACAUAAAAAUUCUACUUCUAGAAUUGAGAGAAAUAUAAGUGAAUCUGAGAACUAUGACUCAAAAAGAAGACGAUCUAUGUAUGAAAAACGAACUACACAAAAAAUUAAAACGAAUGGAAGAUCAGGAAGUAGUAAAUCAGAGAAGGAAAAAAAAUAUAUCAAGGUGGAACAAUCCAAUGAAAAUAAUAAUAAUAUGAGAAAGGUUUCAUUCUUUAUUGCCAAUUCCUUGUUCAAUAAUAUUGCAAGUUCUCAAUAUUGGCAGAUGGGAAGUAGUCCAGUCAACGAAAGAUUAUAGAGGGAAAAGUUUGGAACACAAUUUUCAACUCCACAGCUCUUUUAAAGAUAGUGAGAGGAUUAACAUAUCAAAAGUCCUCACCCCUACCUCCUGUGCUAAAGGGGUGAGGGUGGUUUGAAAGUACCAUUUUUUUAUUUUUCGCAUAUAUCUCGAGAGCGAUGCACCUUAUGAACAUUUAUAUCCCAUGCAAAAUUCAAUCUUACAAAAUUACCAACAAGUUCUGUCCUUUACAUUUUUUAUAUCUCUCAUAGAUUCUUAAA